AAAACAAAAAACCACAAUUGUCCAAUUACUAAGUACACCGGCAAAAUCAGUGAAAGCCCGUAAGCCACUUAAAUGUGAAAGAAUUCUAGCAGCGUAAGAAUUCUAUUGUCUAAAAUAAAUCGUAGAAAAGUAAAGAAAAGCAUCUUCUGAAUUUUGCACCAAACUCCAAGAAAACGGCGGGAUUAUUCCAUUACAUUGUUGUUGGUUUGCAGUGAAAGUAGGUGAACAGCAGACCCUAAUAGCGAUUUGGUGUUAUAUUUGCAGUUCACGGCGCCAUAAAUAAUACGAUCGACAAUAACUUUCUUUCUUCUGCUAUAGAACAGCUAAUACAUCACUGAUCUCUGAUCAUCUGAAGUGAAAAUUCACACUACACAUUUGACAACGCUCAAUUGAAACAACAAAAGCUGCCAAAAUGGGUUCCGAUUGUGGCGUCUGGCUGGCCAAAUAUCUGCUAUGCCUAUUCAAUUUCCUCUUCUUUGUCGUUGGCACAAUCGUGCUGGGCACUGGUAUUUGGCUGGCGGUCGACAAAGCCUCACUAAUUGCACUGCUCAAGAUGGUGGAAAGCGAUCAAAUCACCCAAUUCACACAGCCGCGUGUCAUCGAGCAGAUGGCGUACGUUUUGAUUGCUAUCGGCGCCGUGAUGUUCUUCAUGAGCUUCCUCGGCUAUUGUGGCGCGAUACGUGAGUCGCGUUGCCUGCUGACAACGUAUGGCGUUUUCAUGAUUCUGCUGCUCAUUGCUGAAAUAGUCGCCGGUGGCUUGGCUGCUUUCUAUAAAGAAAAGGCGCGCGCUGAAACAAAGACCUUCCUACAAUCGACCAUCAGCGAUUAUUACUCUACCCACGAGAAUAUGGAUGCCGUUACACUCAUGUGGAAUCAACUGAUGAGCCAAAUGAGCUGCUGUGGUGUGAAUGACUAUCGCGACUUUGAUGCCUCACUCGCAUGGGUCAGCAACAAGGGUAAUCGUACGCUACCCGAAGCCUGCUGUGUGCUGAAGGAUGUGAGCCAAAUGUUGCCACGCGACGAUGAUUGUGUGAUAAAUCCCAGCGAAAGCAAUAGUUACUACAAAAAGGGCUGCUAUGAGGUUUUCACUGACUGGAUUAUUUCCCAUCGCGAAAUCAUUAUCGGCGUGCUGCUGGGCGUUGGCAUUGUGCAUUUGUUCGCCAUCUUUUUGGCAUUCUGCCUGUGCAAGGCGUUCGCUAAGUACCAUGGCAUGCGUCUUUAAGAUUCUCUCACUCUCCACAAAGCUAGCAAAUUAGUUGCACCAAAUAUGACUAGUGAAGCAAAAAGUGAAGCUGUUGUGGCGUAAAGACAAGUCAUUUCUGUCUCUUUUUAUACUAUAUAAAUUGUUUAUAUUGUUGAUUUGUUGAUUUUACAAAUUUUUGGACAAAUUUUGUAGAAAUCUUUUUUUUUAUUUUUUUUUUUAUAAUAAGUAGUUUACAGACAUUUUUGUAAAUUUUUACUAAACUCUUGCAUAACUACUAUAUGCAUAUGUAUAUGAACUUUUCGAACAUACUGAAUACUAUUGUUAUAUAUUUAUGAGUAAUUAAAGACAAAAUACACGUGAAAAUGGUUAGGUAAAAAAGCAGUUUGCUGACAAAUGAGUAUGCAUGUGGCAAAGCAUAUGCGCCUUAAAUUAGACUUUGCAAAUUUGGAGUAAAUAUGAUCUGGCGUAGUUGUGUACUCAAGUAAAGAAUCUGCAAGCAAAAAUAAAAAAAAAAAAAUCUAAAGUAACAACAACAAAAAUUUAUAAUUAUAAAUCGAACUAAGACUUGAUUUUAGUUAUCUUAGUAUAAGCUCUGCAUACUUGCUAGUAAUAACUAACACUUGUAGAAAUCAUUUCGCUUAGUUAGUAAGCUAGUAAACUCUCCACACUAUA